AGUGAGCAAAAAGGCGGGUAUCCAGUCGCCUUGCUCCACACAGCUUCAAUAAGCCCUGAGGUUGGGAGCAUUGAUGGAAAAUUACCUUGUGACCUAGAGGGGAGGUCAGGACUGGUAUAAUCAGAGUCCGCUUGUUCCGAGAAGCAGCAGCAGAGGGAGGAUGGCCUGCGCGUUCGGCUGAUCGGAGGGGACCAAAGACUGGGCAUGGAGAAACUAAAAGGUCCCGCCACGGGAUCCACCACAGCCACCUGUGGAUGGAGAGCCAUGCUUCUCCCACAGCUGAACAGGCAGUCCCUGUACGUGUACGGCAGCGAGAUGGCCGUGGAGCAGGAGUGCGUCCGGCAGCUGCAGAGCGGAGUCUUUGUCAUCCACCCGUUCAGCCUCAUGAGGAGUUACUACAUCAUGUGUAUGAUGGCCAUCACAUUCCUGAACCUAAUAGGGAUUCCCAUGGAGAUUGCGUUUCUGGACGGACACAGUGGGCUGGCAUGGGAAGGAUUUAACGUGUUUUCGGACACUCUGUUCCUGAUAGAUGUGGCCCUAAAUUUCCGAAUGGGCAUCAUAGCAGAGGACGGAGAGGAAGCUAUUCUGGAUAUCAAGCGGAUCCGAGUCAGUUACCUGAGGACAUGGUUCAUACCGGACGUUAUAGCUGCUUUCCCAAUCGGCUACAUACUGCUGUUUGCGGACUUACAAUACCAGAACAACGACAACCCAUCUAAGACCAACAAGAUGAUGAGAAUACUGAUGUUCGUGCGGAUACUCAGCUUGAUCCGGCUGGCUCGAGUGUCCAGACUCGUCAGGUUCUUCAACGAAGUGGAGAAAGUGUCUAAUGCAAACUUGGAGGUGGUCCGCCUCUUCUUCCGCAUCUUAUCUCUGUUCAUGAUGAUUUUCCUGCUCUGUCACUGGAACGGCUGCAUCCAGUAUUUUGUCCCCAUGCUGGAGGAGUUUCCCACCGACUGCUGGGUCCGGAAAGAAAACCUGAUGAACGCCACAGUGAUCGUGAAGUACUCCUGGGGAGUUUUCCGGGCUCUCUCCCAGAUGAUCGCUCUCUCUUAUGGCUCCAUGGACGCACCAACAAAUUACGUUGAAAUGUGGAUCGUCAUGGUCAGCAUGGUGUCCGGCUGUCUGAUGUACACUGUCCUCGUGGCCAACGCUACAACCAUGAUCGCCAACAUCGACCCAGCAGCCAAGGAGUACAAGAGCAAGAUGAGCCGUUUGGAGCAUUACAUGGGCUUUAUGAAGCUCCCACCAGAGCUGCAGCUCCGUAUCACCAACUACUACCAGGCUCGCUACGGAGGCAAGUGGUUUCAGGAGAAGGACGUCAUGCACACAGUGUCCUCAGCGCUCAAAGAGCAAAUCCUGAUGGUGAUGUGCAGCCGCCUUCUAAGAAAAGUGCCAAUGUUUCAGACCAGAGACGAAAACUUUAUCAACGCCGUCCUCCUCAAACUGGACUACGAGGUUUUUCUGGAGGGAGACGCAAUCGUGCGACAGAACGUCCCAGGCGACCGCAUGUUCUUCAUCGACCACGGCCAGGUUGUCAUGGAGACAGAUUCCUACGAGAGGGAACUGUGUGACGGAGACUUUUUUGGAGAGACAUGUGUGCUGACCAAAGGCAAACAUCUGGCCACAGUGAAGGCGCAGACCGACUGCCAGUGCUUCUCUCUUUCCUGGGACGACUUUCAGGAGGUGCUGGAGGGCUUCCCAGAUGUCAAGAAGGACUUACAAAAAGUGGUUCAGCUCAACUCUGAUGGUGCACUUGUGUAAGACCAAAAACUAGAAAUUUUCAAUUUUACUGUAUGAAAAGGACAGGGAAUAUGGAUAUUUCCAGGACAUUUAAUGUGAUUAUGUGAUGGACAGUACGACUGUUGCUGAUUCCUCAUGUGGACACCAGUUGGACACUUAUUCACGGAUGAGAUGGACAAUUUUAGAGCAUAUUAUUCUGACAGGUAAUUAUACAGUCUCCGGAUCUGUCAGUUAUCAGCAAUAAUCAAAGACCACAACAGUAAAAAACGGGUCAAACGCUUGAUCUCUGCUUCCUUGUUGAUGCUGCUAUUUAGCAUUGAUGUUUGGAAAGUCAAUGCAUACCUUAAUGAAAAAAAAAAAGAAAGAUCUGUCUUAAAGGAGAAUUCUGGUUUCCUACAACUUGGGCUUUACUUUUGUAGUUUUGGCCAUUAUUCCUAUAAAUAAAAACAAAAGACUGGAAAGAAACACAUGCAAACCCCUCAUGUUAGCUAAACUUCUUGACCAUUCAUCACAGUUCUUAGCAUAGUUUUCUUGUGUCAUGAUGGAUUAUUACCAGUGUUCCAGAUGCAAUCACCUUUAAAUUCACCUUAUUCAGAAAAUCUGGUAAAACAUGUAAACUUAUUGUCUGAUUGUCUGACUUCUUGUGUUUCUUCCCCCGUUCAGACUCUGCUGCAACACAAAUAACAUGAUGUUUUAGCAGACAUAAUGUUUACCAAGUUCACCAGCUCAGUGUAGCAUUUUAGCAUGCUUAAUAACACUAAACACAAAGUACAACUGAGGCUGUUGGAAAUUUUCAUCAGAGUUUAUGACAAAGGAAAAGUUUGACCUCAUAAUGGCACUAGAUAAAAAGUAAGCGGAAUACUAAAGUCAUUAGGAGUCAUUGUCUGGGGAACAUGAAUGUCUGUGCAAAAGAUCAUGCAAUUCUUCCAAUAUUUGUUGAGACAUUUCGGUCUGCUCUAAAGUUGUGGACCGACUGUCCUAAGGAUGGCUGACAUGAGACCCAAGUUGCAAUAUAAACUGGAAUUUUGCUUUAUAGGAAAGUAAACAAAAAACUCAUGUAUGUAAUUUAUUUGGAAAUUAUAUUACACAAGACAUGUCAAUGCCACUGUGAAAGCAACAAAAAUAAAACAGAUGCUUUAAAUAUGAUUAAGAAA